AUGGGUGAUUCCGAACCAUCUCAAUUAAUCAAUAAAAUUAUUGAUAUAAACAUGAGACUAUUUCUUGAUCAACCAACAGAAAUCGAAACAAAUAUUAAUGAAACAUUAAACAUCAAUUAUUUAAGUCCAAAUUUAAAUAUUUCGAAUACUACUGAUAUAUUUCGGCUUCCAUUAUCUUCAACAAUUCGAAGUGAGUUCCUUAGACAAUAA